UAUACGUUGUGCUGAUUUAUCUGUCCUCGAGCGCGUAUAAAUACAAGAAUCCGUGGAAAAAACAAAGAACAAUUGAUUGAAAAAAAGUCCAAGAUGCUGCUGCCACGCUGUCUCGUUUCCUUCCUCGUCCUCGCCGUUGUUUUCGCUGUCGCUUGCGGUACGAACGUCGAAUCACUCGACAAGGAGUUCGACGAGGUAAACGACCUGAUCAGCUUACUCGAGGUGUCCCUGCGAAACGAUGAGGUUUCUGAAAUGAUCAAUCCGAGUUUAGCAGCGAUUCUCAAGUACCUCCAAUCACUGAUUAAAGUUGCCUCAAUGAACUGCAUCAAAAAAAUUAUUGUCAAUUGUAUCGUAAAGCCAUCCGCUUUCAUCAAUUGUGCUAAGGAGUUUCUUAACGAGAACAAAAUGACAUGCGGCUCACCUAUUGUCCACUUAAAGAGAUAAUUCACCAAUAU